AUGCAACAGCAAGCACAGAAAUUCACCGAAAUGGAGCAACUGUUACGGCAAUUCAAUUUACAAAAGGCCGCUCAAUCCGCUAACAAUCGUGUAUCUGCCCCUCCGAUGCCAGGAUCUGCCUUGUCUAGUCAGUUAAUGUCUCCCGUGGCUGAACACACUGGUCAUCCGUCCGCUUCACUGCUAGUUCAGCCGACCUAUCCGUUCAAUACGACUCACCCCACCACCCUGCUGACCGGUCAACAGUGGCCCUAUCGCACAAAUACUAUGCCUUCUGCUGGUCUCGUUCAGACAAGCAUUGCCAUGUGGCCGAAUGAAUUUUAUGCGGGUCUGAAAUCGCCUGCGGUGUCAACUGCCGGAUUGUUCGUACCGCCGAUGCCCAAUAUCGCUCUUGAUCCGUGUGCCAAUUUGGUUUCACCUCAGCCAUCACUGUGUGUCUCAACCAGCCGUACGGGGGCACCUGUGAUGAAUCCCGGUCCUGGUCACGUGGAUCUGUUAAGUCAGGUUUCCUGCUUACGAACUGCUGCUGCUGCUGCUGCUAUCGCUGAUCUUGCUUUAGUUUUGCACCUCUAUUUUGCUCUGUCUGUGCAUUCUCGGUCAUUACAGGAAGCGAAUUACGACGUUUGGGAUUUCGACAAACAAACGGUUCGAUCCAUGUAUUUUUCACAUAUUACCUGA